AUGGCCGAAUCUUCGGAUAAGACCGUGAAGUACUACACCCUAGAGGAGAUCCAGAAGCACAACCACAGCAAGAGCACCUGGCUCAUCCUGCAUCACAAAGUGUAUGACCUGACCAAGUUCCUGGAGGAGCAUCCUGGUGGGGAAGAAGUCUUACGGGAGCAAGCGGGUGGAGAUGCUACUGAGAACUUCGAGGACGUUGGGCACUCCACAGAUGCUCGGGAGAUGUCCAAGGCGUACAUCAUCGGGGAGGUUCACCCUGAUGACAGAUCAAAGCUAGUCAAGCCUUCGGAAACUCUUAUUACCACCAUUGACUCGAAUUCCAGUUGGUGGACCAAUUGGGUGAUCCCAGCCAUCUCCGCGCUGGCCGUGGCCCUGAUGUACCACUUCUACACAGCAGACUAA